UCAGCGGACCAAUUGCAUCAUCCCUGCUGAUAACGUUCAGUGACGUAGGCAGUUGUGGUACUUCCUCGUUUGUUUUCUGAGCUAAACCGAAACCAGACGCCCAAUUUCAGCAUGCAUCUGUCCAGGGUUGGACUUUAUAUGAAGAGGAGAAAGCGGGGCUGCUCUCAAGCCUGAACUUUAUUUUUGUCUUCCUCCAUCUGGCCGUCACUCUCUCUGCCUCUUCAGAUCGGUGCUCAUCCCCUUUCCCCUCGUCAACAUGCUGUGUUGGGGGAAUGCAAAGGAUGGACAGUUGGGUAUUGGUAUGGAGAGGAACCCCAUGUUUGAGCCAAGGAACUGCUACGUGUUCAUUGGCAGGGGGCUGAAAGAGGUAGCAUGUGGAGGGCAACACUCAAUGUUCCUGCUGCAUGAUGGCAGUGUGUACACAUGUGGUUCUAACUGCUGUGGACAGCUGGGCCACGACAAACCAGGGAAUUCCCCAGAGCUUGUAGGAGCUCUGGAUACUCAGACGAUAAGGAUGGUGUCGAGUGGUCGGGCCCAUUCAAUGGCAGUGAAUGAACAGGGUCAAGUGUUUGCGUGGGGAGCCGGUGAAGAGGGCCAGCUCGGCCUGGGGACUGCAGAGGUGGCUGUCCGAAUCCCAAGGUUGGUCAAAAGGCUGUGUGACCACCGGAUCUCUCAAGUAAUGUGUGGGAAUCAGCACUGCAUUGCACUUUCUAGAGACGGCCAGCUGUUCACGUGGGGCCAGAACACCAGCGGGCAGCUCGGCCUCGGGAAAGGAGAGUCCAGCAAGCUGUUCCCUCAUCCCCUGAAGUCUCUGGCGGGUAUUCCUUUGGCACAGAUAACGGCCGGGGGUGACCACAGCUUUGCUCUCUCCUUGUCCGGAGCUGUAUUUGGUUGGGGCAAGAACAAAGCUGGACAACUGGGUCUCAAUGAUAAACAAGAUCGAGCUGUCCCAUGCCACAUCAAGUUUCUGAGAUCUCAAAAAGUUGUUCACAUCAGCUGUGGAGAUGAACACACAGCUGCCCUCACAAAGGAUGGCGGCUUGUUUACAUUUGGUGAAGGCUCGUGGGGUCAGCUGGGUCAUGGUUCCACCAAUAACGAACUUCUACCCAGACGAGUGCUGGAGCUCAUGGGCACCGAGGUGUCCCAGAUCACCUGUGGCAGGCAACACACGUUGGCGUUUGUGCCUUCCUCUUGUGUGGUGUAUGCAUUUGGUUGUAACAGCCAUGGCCAGCUGGGCACAGGAAUACCAGGAGAUGCCAGAAGCCCAUUUCCUGUCAAGUCCAGUUUCCUGACUGGAAAUUUCCAUAGAACAGAAUCAAAACAAUAUACCGUGACCAAAAUCAUCUGCGGAGGAGACCACAGCUUCUUAUUGUACUCUAAUGAGCAGAGUUUUGUCCCCCCGGAAGACUUCAGAGUGAUGAAUGUCAGUAGAACGAUCUCCCCGAUCAAUUAUGAAAGAUUAAAUUCGUGGAGGUUAAAGCUGAUGUACAACACAGAUUCCAGUGUGACAAAUGAUAUUAUAAUUCAACUGUCCUCUACGGCUUGUUGGAACGCCAGCUUCUUGGACCAAAGUGAUGAUACGCACUUUAGAACCAACCCAAAGAUCGCAGGCAUCGAUCUCAACUCUGUCCGAAAGCUUUUUGAGACACUCAGCAAACCGGCCUUCUCUGGACUUCUGGAGCAGGCCACCAAGAGUUUUGAGAGUCUGUUGAUCCCUCAGCUGCCGCGCUCCCCUCCUGACGUCGAGGCCAUGAGGAUCUACCUCAUAUUAUCUGAGUACCCGGUCCUGCUGGACUCCAAAAACUACAUCCGCCUCACUAUCCCCCUGGCAAUGGCCAUCCUCCGGCUAGACGCCAACCCCGGCAAAGUGUUAGAUAACUGGUGGUGUUUUGUGGACGGCAGCGUGUUCACCAGAAUGGUCGACAUGUACAAGAGCAUCGUUGUGUUCAUGCUGACGGGGGGCAAGACGCUGCUGGUACCGGUGUUCUACGAGAACUAUUUUGUCGCCACACUAAGACUGCUGGAGAAACUCCACAAGGUAAACUUAAAGGCCCGACAUGUGGAGUACAACCGCUUUUAUAUCCCUGACAUCACCACCCUGGUGGACAUCCAGGAAGACUACCUCAAAUGGUUUCUGAGUAGAGCUGACAUCAAACAAUCAUCCUCCCCUUCACAGAGUGACUUUCCCUCAGUGAACCUAUGUGCCUACCCGUUCAUACUGAACGCUCAAGCCAAGACAACCAUGCUGCAAACAGACGCUGAACUGCAAAUGCAGAUGGCAGUGAGCGGAGCAAACCUACACAACGUCUUCAUGCUGCUCACGCUGGAACCCCACCUCGCUAGGAACCCUUACUUGGUGCUCCAUGUGCGCAGGAACCAUUUAGUAAGUGACACACUACGUGAGCUCACCAUGUACUCCGACGUGGACCUGAAGAAACCGCUCAAGGUGAUCUUUGAUGGAGAGGAGGCCGUGGACGCAGGUGGAGUAACUAAAGAGUUCUUCCUGCUGCUGUUAAAGGAGCUGAUGGAUCCUGUUUAUGGGAUGUUCACUCAUUACAAAGAGUCCAACCUGCUGUGGUUCUCAGACAAAUGUUUUGUAGAGCAGAACUGGUUUCACCUGAUCGGGAUCAUCUGCGGUCUGGCCAUCUACAACUCCACCGUGGUGGACCUGCACUUCCCGCUGGUUCUCUACAAGAAGCUGCUCGACGUGUCCCCAACGCUGGAGGACUUCAAGGAGCUCUCGCCCACCGAGGCCAGGAGUCUGCAGCAACUUCUCGACUAUGAAGGAGGUGAUGUGGAGGAGAUGUUUCUUCUCAACUUUGCUAUCACCAGAGAGAACUACGGGAUGACAGAAGUCAAAGAGCUCGUUCCUGGAGGAGAGAGCAUCAGCGUGGACAGAAACAACAGGAAGGAGUUUGUGGAGGCCUACCUGCGCUACGUGUUCUCAGACUCGGUGAGCGAGCAGUACUCUGCCUUCUCUUCGGGCUUCCUGAAGGUGUGCGGGGGGGAGAUCCUGUCGCUGUUCCAGCCCUCUGAGCUGAUGGCGAUGGUGGUCGGCAACAACAACUACAACUGGGAGGAGAUGGAGAAGAACGCUGUUUACAAAGGGGAAUACACAGCCACUCAUCCAACCGUCAGAUUGUUCUGGGAGGUUUUCCACGAGUUCCCUCUGGAGAAGAAGAAGCAGUUCUUAUUGUUUCUGACCGGCAGCGACCGUAUCCCCAUCCACGGCAUGGAGAGCUUGCGUAUCGCCAUCCAGUCCACCACAGCGGAGGAGCACUACCUGCCAGUCGCACACACCUGCUACAACUUGCUGGACAUGCCCCGCUAUCAGACCAAAGAGACCCUGCGCCGUCGUCUCACUCGGGCAGUGGAGCAGUACGAGGGCUUCAGCCUGGUCUGAGGAGGAGGAGACCUGCAGCAGCUUUGAUGCACUUUAACAGCAAUACGACCCCCAUGUCAGUGUGAUGGGGGACAUCGGGGAUACAAGAAGGUCACUAACUUUAUAUGCUUUUCACAAGAUUGUUUAACAUCUUGAAUCUGAAAGGUCUAUCUAUGUAAAACGCAGAGUAUUAUUGUUUUCAUUGGUUUGGGCAAAGUUUCUCAACCUUUUUAGGACCAUUUGGAAGAUAUUUUAAAUGCUAGUAUACGGAUAUUUAUUUGAACUACAUCAUGGUCCUUAAAUAGAAAUGACAUUCAUAAAUUCACACGACAACCGGGGAUCAUAAGAAAGUUGUGACCAAAAACCAAAGGCUAGAGGAGGUUGAGAAACACUGGCUUUGGGUGUGUAGUCUUCUUUCUUUUUUUUUUGCAUUGCUGUGUAUUUUAUAUUCAACUCCUUAAAUUAUAUUUUUUACCUUUUAAACAAUUAUGUUAUUACCUUGAGACAAUAUAUCUGCUUUUUGUUAUUUUUAAUUUAAUAAAUAGAGUGGUUAUUUUUUGACAAAAUAAAAAAUGUGUAUAUAUAUAUAUAUGUAAAUAGCACUUUGAAUAUAAUCUUUACCCUUGACUUUGGGAGGAGUGUUUGUCCCGCUGAUCCUUUUACAUUUAGACACCAGCAUGUCCUCUCUGCCUCACAUAUUAGUAGGUCAAUGGGAGAGUAUUAAGCAAGCAGAAAGGGGCUGGAUGGUGAAUAUUAUUUGCAAUCCCUCGUUUAUUUUGAGCUGUGGAUCACAAAGCAGCUGACUUUGUCUUGAACCUGCAUUCAACAGUGUUGCCUUCUACAGCAAAAACCUACAUGAAAAGCUGACUUUUAAAGUAAAUUCUUUUUUAGUG